GUUUUUGAGGUCUAGGCAGUAUAAAUACUGCGCUGUGUAAGCCUCAAAUUACAAGACACUGACGGCCUCAUCAUGGGUAAGAUCGUUGGUCUUCUGAUUGCGUCCCUCGUAGCGCUCCAAGCCUUCAGCGAUGGGUAUAAAUGGGGUUACGGGUACGGUGGCAGGAUGUCUCGCAGAUAUAUGGGUCAUGGUGGACACGGUGGUGGCAUGAGCGGUGGUGGGAUCUAUGGUGGGCAUUACGGUGGUGGAGGCAUGUUUGGAGGCGGCGGUAUUGGUGGAGGCAUGUAUGGCGGCGGUGGUAUGGGUGGAGGCAUGCAUGGAGGCGGUGGUAUUGGUGGAGGCAUGUAUGGCGGCGGCGGUAUCGGUGGGGGCAUGUAUGGAGGCGGCGGAAUGGGUGGAGGCAUGUAUGGCGGCGGCGGAAUGGGUGGAGGCAUGUAUGGCGGCGGUGGUAUGGGCGGUGGCAUGAUGGGAGGCGGUGGUAUGGGCGAUGGCAUGAUGGGAGGCGGUGGUAUGGCUGGGGGCAUGAUGGAUGGUGGGAUGUUUGGGAGCUAUUCCGGUGGAGGCAUGGGCGCGGGCAUGUCUGGCGGUGGUGGUAUGGGUGGUGGAAUGGGAGGCGGCGACAUGGGAGGCGGCAUGAUGGGAGGCGGAUACGGAAGCUAUGGUAUGAUGGGCUCAAUGAUGGGAAACGGGUAUACUAGCUCGGGAUGGCGAUGCAGGUGCAGAAAGUUCUGCCGGUGGCCCGAGAGAGACUUUGGACGAUGCCGAUGGUGCAAGUGGUGGAAUUGUAGGAGGAUGUGCUGCAAGCGAAGCAAAUAGAGAGUAUUACUCUUUGAUGGACCAUCCUGAUAAACGACCCUCACCUUGUCCGGCUUUAACGAUUUCCGUUAAUAGUUUGAUAUAUUUUAUUCUCGAAUAAACAUAUUGCAUUACAA